AUGUACAGUGCUCCAAAACUAUCCAAUACCAAUUUGGCUCGAGAGAUAAGGAAAAGAGAAUUCAGCUAUGUAGAUCGACAGAAAGCAAGCAAACCGACUCCGCUGAGUGAUGAUGAGUGGAAAUCGCCAAGGAGUGAGGACUCAUUUGAUCUAUUGGAUCCAGCUCAUGCAUCCCAAGUACCAACUACCAGUCAUUCUCCACGACCUCUCCCGAUGCCACCGGUUCGACCAUCAGAAGUCGUCAUUCAAAUCGAUGAAGUAGAAUCCCCAAUACUUGGCUUGAUGGAUGAUGAACCACAACAUGAUGCAGUUGAUGGACGUGGCAGACUGGAACCAUCUUCUUCAUUAGAUGCAAACUCUCUUUCAGCAACAAGAUCAUCCAGUGUGAUCGAAGAUGACGUCAGAUCUCAGAUCUCUUUCGUGAUGAGAGAAAGAUUGCAUUCAAUUGCAAAGGAAGUACAUCGUAGAACAUCAGCAGUGAGAGAAGAUUUAAUUCGAGAAACUCCCGAAGACGCUGUAUCAGUAGCAUCGAAUAUCCCGAAACAAAAUGAACAUCGUCCGAGUCUUAUGUCUUUGAUUGGAUUGCAGAACCGGCCAGAAUCUCCACAAAACGACAAAAGUAAACGAGUAUGUGGGAUCAGUAUAUAUGGAACACUUCAUCCAUACGGACGAUUCUACAUGACAUGGCUCUCCCUUGUCACUCUCUCUUUUCUAUACAAUGCAUUUUGUAUUCCUCUUCGAUCGAGUUAUCCAUAUCAGACAGCUGAUAAUCUAAUGUAUUGGAUGAUCGCUGAUUACACCUGUGAUUUCGUUUAUCUUGUCGAUAUGUUUCUCAUAAAACCAAGACUUCGAUUCACAAGAGGAGGAAUUCAAGUGAAAUCAUUGUCUGAAACUUAUUAUCACUAUCUCAUGACCAGAACAUUUAAAUUGGAUAUAAUAAGUGUCCUUCCAACGGAUAUAGUUUACAUAUUCACUGGAAACAAGCCAAUUUUAAGACUGAAUCGAGUUUUCAGAAUCCAUUCAUUCUGGUUGCUUUUUGACAUGUUGGACAACUCAUUCGCUAAUCCAUAUGCUAUCAGAAUCGCCCGUACUCUAUCUUAUAUGAUCUACAUCAUACACUGCAAUAGCUGUGUCUACUACAAACUUUCGGCUAUGCAGGCUUUUGGGCAGAUUGCGUAUUUCGAAAAUGGAAAAUGGUAUUUGAACAAAUGGGUCUACAAUAAUCAAGGAAACGCUUACAUUCGUUGCUUCUAUUUCACAGCUGCAGUGGCUACUUCUACUGGUAACAAUCCAGCACCAACAAAUGUUAUCGAGUAUAUUUACAUGACAUGCUCUUGGAUGGGAGUUUUUGUGUUCGCUUUGCUGCUCGGUCAAAUUCGAGAUAUCGUUUCGAAUGCUAAUAGAAAUCGGGAAGAAUUUCAGAGAAAAAUGGAUCAGGCUCUUGGAGAAUGCAAAAAACUAGGUUUGCGACAGGAAACAACUAAUAGGGUUCGUGACUGGUUCAUCUACACAUGGCAGCAACAGAAGACUCUUGACGAGAAGAAAUUGAUUGAAAAACUUCCAUUAAAACUUCAAACCGAUUUGGCUUUAUCUGUUCAUUACACCACAUUGAGCAAGGUUCAACUGUUUCAAGAUUGUGAUCGUGCUCUUUUGAGAGAUUUGGUGCUUAAAUUGAGACCUGUUAUAUUUUUACCCGGUGAUAUGAUUUGUCUAAAAGGAGAUGUUGGAAAGGAAAUGUACAUCAUUAACCAAGGAAUUCUUCAAGUGGUCGGAGGAGACCAUAAUGAGAAAGUGUUUACGGAAUUAUCACAAGGAGCUGUCUUCGGUGAAAUCAGUUUACUGGCAAUCGGAGGAAACAACAGGAGAACCGCAUCAAUUAGAGCCAAAGGAUACUGUACUUUGUUCGUUUUGGCAAAAGAAGAUUUGAAUGAUGUUAUCAGAUACUAUCCACAAGCACAAGCCAUUCUGAAAAGGAAAGCAGCUGCAAUGUUGAAAAAUGAUAAAAAGAGUGAUGAGAAGACGGAGAAGAUAAAGCAACAGGCAGAUCUAGAGGAUAGAUGUAAAAUCAAUCCACGACAAGUACCUAAAUUGAUUACGCUCAUUGCCAAUAUGGAAGAGAUGAAUGAAAACAAAGGAGUCCGAGAUCUCAAAAAAGCAAUUGAGGAAGAAACAGACAAAUCUCGCCGUCAAUCGAUUUAUUACCCUUGGAGUACUCUUCAAAGAGAUGACGAUGAUGAAGAUGACGAAUGGAUGGAUGAAGAUUUGUCAGAUAUUGGUGAGGAUUCUGACAUCGAACCUGUGAAUCGUGAAGGACCAAUGGAUGAUGACGUGGAUCCUAUGGAAGACAUUGACUUGUCGGCAGAAGUGCCACAUUCCGACGAAGAAGGCGAUAGACCAGGAACUUCAGGAACUAGGAAGUUGCACGCUGAAUGA